CAAUUCAAUUCUCUCCAAGGUACACACAGGUACAUUUUCUUCUUCAUUCUCUCUUGUUUGAGUUUUCUGAAAUCUUGGAUUCAAGAUUUCUCGAAAUGGGUCUUUUUUUAAAAUAGUCUACUUCAUUUUUUUUUCUCUCGUGUAGCUGUUUUUGAUAAGAAGAUUGAUUGUGAUGGAUACUAGAGCUCAGCAGAUUCCUUUACUUGAAGGUGAGAUUGACAAUUACGAUGGUGUUACUGUAACUAUGGUGGAACCUAUGGAUGCUGAGGUUUUUACUGAAAGUCUUAGGGCUUCGCUUUCGCAUUGGAGAGAAGAGGGGAAGAAGGGAAUUUGGAUAAAGCUGCCUCUUGGAUUGGCUAAUCUGGUGGAGGCUGCAGUUAGUGAAGGAUUUAGAUAUCACCACGCGGAGCCUGAGUACUUGAUGCUUGUAUCUUGGAUCUCUGAAACCCCUGAUACGAUCCCAGCCAAUGCUUCUCAUGUUGUAGGUGCUGGUGCUUUGGUCAUUAACAAAAAUACUAAAGAGGUCCUCGUUGUCCAGGAGAGGAGUGGGUUUUUCAAAGAUAAAAAUGUAUGGAAGCUGCCUACUGGUGUUAUCAACGAGGGCGAGGAUAUAUGGACUGGAAUAGCUAGGGAAGUGGAAGAAGAAACUGGUAUUAUUGCAGAUUUUGUCGAAAUAUUGGCUUUCAGGCAAAGCCUCAAAGCCAUCUUGAAGAAGAAAACAGAUAUGUUUUUCCUGUGUGUCUUAAGUCCGCGCUCUUACGAUAUUACUGAACAAAAAUCUGAGAUCUUGCAAGCUAAGUGGAUGCCAAUCCAAGAGUAUGUAGACCAACCAUGGAACAAGAAAAACGAGAUGUUCAAGUUCAUGGCCAACAUCUGCCAAAAGAAGUGUGAGGAAGAAUACUUGGGAUUCGCCAUUGUGCCAACUACCACAUCAUCUGGUAAGGAGAGCUUUAUCUAUUGCAAUGCUGAUCAUGCCAAUCGCCUUAAAGCAACGCGUGACCAAGCCUCCGCUUCUCUCUGAAAAUAUUCUCAUCUGAUUCAGUUUGAUCUCGGCAUGUGUGUGUCCAGUGUGUACAAAACAGGAAACUAUGUUCUAUAAUCUAUAUUAUUCCGAUUCUAAUAAUUGCGUCAAUGUAUU